UUUAUCACUAUUACUGCCAUCAAAAAUAAACGAUGAAUAUGAAUCAUUGCACUAUCCUCAUAUAACGCCGCAACAAUACAACGCAUAAUAUACGGGUUUGUAUUCGUUCAAAAUAUUAGUUUUUUUAUUUCGUAUUACAAAGAGUAAAGUGCAUAUAAAUUAUUUUGUGUAAUACUGUUACACAAUUCGUUCAAAGUCCAACAUCACCCCGGAACAGAAACGGAUACAAAUAACUAGAGUUACAAUCCGUAUAUAUACGCGCAUACACAAAGAAAUAGUCACCCACCUACCCACUUACGAACGCAUACAUACAUCGCACACAUAAGCACAAACACUGGCACAUAGUAAUUAAAAAAAAUACGUAAACCAUCAAGGAGAACGACAUUUUUAGAGCAAGAGAGAGAAAUAAAUACUUUAAUUAUUGUUGUUUUAAAAUCUGGUUAAUACUUACUGUUAUUUUAAUUGUUAUUAAUGGAGAUAUAUAUGUAUAUAAAUGUCAUUAAAAACACGGAGUAGUUAACCACUAAUAAAUCAACUCUGAAUACUUAUAAAUAUAUAUAAAAAAAUCUUUUUGAAAUUAAAAUUACAUUGGGUCAAAUUUGACUGGAACUUCUAUUAUCAUUGUAUGCUACUUGUAUCGGAUUUGGAAAUACCAUUAUUUUCUUUCCCAUUAAUCCAUAUAAUUUACCAACUGCUUAAAUACUAUCAUCAACAACCAACUUGAUAGCAAAGAAUCUGUCAGGUAAUAGCAUACACGACCACGAGGAAACAUUUGGAUCAUUUAUACUUACUACUAUUACUACUACCAAUAUUCACAAAUUAUUUCACAUGUUAUUUAGUUCAGAGUUAUUUUCUCGAAAGUCUUCGUCAGUGACUCAUUUGAUUCUAUUAUUCUUUACUAUACAUUCUAUUCCGAUUAAACUAAUUCAUGGGAGUUGUGAACCAGCUCAAUUUGUAAUUAUAUGUACCAAUGAAUUCCCAUCAAGAUCAUUUCUAAAUAAUUUAACUGGUAAAUAUGAAUUGAUUAUACAAAGUGUAAAAACUAAACUAGACGUUAAAUCAUUUGAAAAAUAUCAAGGUGCACAAAUUAAACGUUUACAAAUCGAAAAAUCCACGAUUUAUUCAAUUGAACCGAAAUUUUUUAAUAUAUUUAGUCGUAAUAGUCUAGAACGUUUAUCAUUGAGUAAUGUCGAUGGUCCGUAUCGUUUGGAUGCUCAAUCUUUAGCUGGUCUAAGUGAAAAAUUAAAUACAUUGCGUAUUAAUGAUCAUGCAUUAGAUAACAUUGAUGAUUUUGUUAUAUUAAAUAAAUUAACACGAUUAUAUCUUGUUCGAACACAUUUAACACAAUUACCAAAUAAUUUUAAACAAUUGUUAACACAUUUAGAAGACAUUAACUUAUCUGAAAACUUAUUAACUUAUAUACCAUGGAAAGAACUAGCUGAACGUAUACAAAAUGAUCAAUUUUUAAAAAUUCAACUAGGUAAAAAUUUAUGGAAUUGCGAUUGUAGUGUAAAACCAUUAAUCGAAUUGAAACCCGAAGCGAAAGCUAAAAUUUAUGAAUUUCGUUGUCAUGCCCCGGAAAACUUGAAAUCUCGCGAACUGACUGAGUUAACAGUUGAUGAUAUAUGUAAAGAAGAAUUAAGUCAAUCAGUGAUACCAUCGGAAGAUUUAUCAUCAAAUUAUAAUAUCGGUGUAUUCGAUCAGUAUCAACCAACUGGACAAGACAAUAGUAAUCAACAACAAAAUGGCGAUUUCGGUGAAACAUCUGGUCGUCAUGAUUUGAAACCAGUCAAUGCAGAUGGUAAUGAACAACAAUUGGCCACUGCUGGUAGUAGUGGUAUUUCCACUGAAAUGAUCAUUGUAAUUUGUGUUGUCAUAGCAUGUAUUAUUGUUAUCAUUAUAAGUUUAAUUGUUUAUUCGUCACGUAAACGUGCACAACGUAGAAAACAACAAGAGAGAAAUCUUGGUGUUUCACAUAAAACAAAUUCAUAUUGUGCUGUCAUUGAACAUAAUCCAUCAAGUCGUACACCAAGUGAAAAACAAGCCACUUCUCAAUCACCAUAUAAUAAUUAUUCUCGUGGUAUUUCACAGCCAGAGAAGGAACCUUUAGCUCAUGGCUAUGGUAAUUAUCGAGAUGGACGUUUGUAAAGGAAUGAAAAACAAACUAUUAGUAGUGAAGAUGGUGCUGAGAAUAGUGAUCCUUCCUCGUUUAUCUUGUUUUUAUCAAAUUUUUUUCCAAUUGUUUCACAAAAUAAAAAUUAUCCCCACCUUACACAUAUAUUUUUUCACUAAUUAACAAGUAUACUCAUGUUUAAUUUAUGCUGAAUGGAAACUGAUUGUUUACGCUUCUCUUCUUUGAAAAAUUGCGAGAAUAGCAGAAAAUUAAAAUUUUUAAAAAUUCUAUUGACAUUUUCAUUCCACACUUCUCAUUCUAUUCAACGUUCCAAUUGAUCUAGUUAAUUUCUGAUUAAAACAACAGAAAAUGCCAAUAGCAAUAUCAUGCAACUCAAAUAGAUACAUAUGUUCGGACAGACUUAAACACUGGUAAAGAUCAAUUAGAUGAAAAACUGAUAUGAUAAUUUAGAUUAUUGAACUGUAUGUUAUAUGUAUUCAAUUAUUUUAUUGAAUAUCGAUUGAAAUAAGAUUUGGUUGUAAUGUUAAUUGAAAUUCGACCUAUUUUAUUACAUUUUAGUCGUACUUUACACGAAUAAUCAUUCUGUAAAAUAUAACAUCUCUCUGUAUAUAUAUAUAUAUAUAUAUAUAUAUAUAUAUAUAUAUAUAUAUUCAUUGUUGACAGUGAAAGCAAGAAUAUGGACUUAUCUCAUUCUUUUAUGUUGUAUUUGACUGUUUAAUAUCUGUUUUUCAAAGAAAGAUGCCAUAGAGACCAUAAAAUGAUAAGACGAGCAUAUAUACAUGCAUAUGUAGCUUUUAUGGAUUGCCUCUCUGAGCAGGAAAGUGAUUCUUCCCUGUUCUCCUGAUUCUUUUUUUUCUUUGGGUGAUUUUUAAAUUUUGUUAUAAUUGCACCAAUCAAGGAUGAAUAUUUUGAUGGGCUUUUAGUAUUCACUGUUUUUAUAUAAAUCGUGAGCAACUAUGUCAAUUGGAGUUAGUUUUUUAUCACACAUGUUUCAUUCAGCAUAUGAUGAAAAGUUUGUUUUAAGGAGUAGGAAUGGGAUUUUGAGUACUUCAAUUCUAUUCAUUAAGAAGUAAAUUGUUGCACUUUGUUUAAAAAAUUAAUACAAGUUUGCUCACACCAUUCACUUUCAAUCAUGCACCAUAUGACAACGUCAUUUUGAUGAUAUGAGUUGUAUCGAACAUUCGACUGUGUGUUUUUUCAAUUUUCUCCCCCCCCUUAUCCACAUGUAAAAAUUUACCCACAUUUUGGCGCCUUAUUAUUGUCCAGUGGGUCAUUCACUUAUCAAAUGACUCAAAUUUCUGUACGUUUACCUACCGAUCCACUCUAUUGAAAUACGUGUUCAAACAAUUAUCAAUUACUUUAUUACAAACAUCAUUCAAACGAAUAUGUUUGCGAACAAAAUGUUUCUAAUAUCCAGUCAGCCCUAUUAUCAUUAUGACUACCAACAAUUAUAUUUAAUUUAAACAAAUAAUAACGGAAACAAUAUUCUUUCUUGUUUAUAUCUGUUGUUUUCCUUGUUAAUGUAUCGAAAUUUAGGUGCACGAUGAAGAAAGCUUUCUAUCAGCCAUUCUACCCUCCUCUUUUUUGUUGUCGUUAUAAUCAAUGUUAUUGUUGUUGUUGACGCGUUCUUCUCAUUUUUGUGAAUUUUCACAUGAUUGUUUCAUGUGGGUUAGUUGUUCAUUUGUUUGUUUGUUUUCUAGUGUCAUUCUGACGAUACGAUUAUAUAUUAUUUCCAAAAAAAUAAUUUAGAAUAAAAAACAUUGGCAGUUCACUUUACCUUGAGUAUCAAUUUAAGAUGUUAUCAUUCGAAAUUCAAUGAAGUCUAAUGGUUUCUGAUAGAAGUAACAAGAUCACUUACUGAUCGGUUUAAGGUGACAAAAACAUGAAGUCAUGAAUUUAUCCGUUGUUUAAAUGUUAUCAGUUUUAUAUUUCAUGAAGAAGGACUAGUGAUAAGGCUAGGUUGAUUAAAUAAAUCA